UUCUUGUACUACUACGUCAUGUUAUUGCACACAGUUUGCACACGGAACGUAAGUUUUGUAUAAAGCGAAUCGCGCGGGAUCGGUUUAAACAGAUCCAACGACGACAUCUAGAGAAGCAAAUCAAAACCACCAACUUUUAAUAAACUCCAAUAAACGUUGAAACAACAUUAUGGAGCAAAAAGACGCAAAAUCCUGUUGUAAACAACAAUCCUGCUGUGCAAACUGCCACUGCUGCAAAGACCAACAUUGCGUUUCGGCCGAUUGCUGCAAGAAAACUGGCAAUUGUCAAAACUGCAGCUGCUGUGUUAAAAAUCAAUGCUGUCAAGAAGGUUGCGCUAAAGCCAGUAAGGAGUGUUGCAAGACGGGAGGAAAAUGUUCCUGCUGCAGCUGCUGUUGUGCGGGCUGCAAAUCAGGAAAGGAAUGUUGCAAGACAGGGGAGUGCUGUAAGGAUGGAAAAUGUUCCUGCUGCAAAGACGAAAAAUGCGCCUGUUCUAAAGAAGGGAAGGGAGGAAAAUGUUCCUGCUGCAGCUGCUGUUGCGCCGGUUGCAAAUCAGGAAAAGAAUGUUGUAAAACUGGAGAAUGUUGCAAGGAUGGGAAAUGUUCCUGCUGCACGAACGAAAAAUGCGCCUGUUCUAAAGAAGGGAAGGGAGGAAAAUGUUCCUGCUGCAGCUGCUGUUGCGCCGGCUGCAAAUCAGGAAAAGAAUGUUGCAAAACUGGGGAAUGUUGCAAGGAUGGGAAAUGUUCCUGCUGCGGAUGUGCUUGCAAAGACGGAAAAUGUGCCGGUUGUAAAGAAGGGAAGGAGUGUUGCAAGACUGGGGAAUGUUGCAAAGAUGGAAAGUGUUCCUGCUGCAAAUAAAUGAUUUUCUUGUUGGUUUUAUGAUACAAUUGAUAUCUUAAUAACAUUGUAUUAACAUAUAGUAUUGUAUUUAUUGGAUUAUGAAAUAAACAGUACUCUAUACUUAUA